AGGGAUCAAGUUAACAAUUUAGCUGCUGCUGCUGCGUCUUUAUCAAACUUACCAUGAGUCUGUCAGGUGCUUCAGACAAGACCAGCGAUUCACCCGAUGUGUUUCAGAUUAAGAUCGGAUUCAUCGGAGCGGGAAACAUGGCGUUUGGCGUCGCGCAGGGAAUCAUCGCCUCAGGGAAGGUUCCACCAAGUAAUAUAAUUAUUAGUGCUCCAUCCAUGAACAACCUUCCUCGCUUUAAGGAGAAAGGUGUUUCAGUCACUCAUUCCAAUCAUGAGGUUGUUGGAGGCUCUCGUUUGAUCUUUCUGGCUGUCAAACCUCACAUCAUUCCACAAGUCCUAAAAGAAAUCUCACAGGAAGUCACCAAGGAACACAUCAUCGUUUCCAUGGCUGCCGGAAUCACUAUAGCAACACUCGAGGAGCUGUUGCCUGCUGGAACACAUGUAAUCCGUAUAAUGCCGAAUCUUCCCUGUAUGCUCCUGGAGGGUGCAUUACUCCUGUCCUGCGGCUCCCAUGCGGGAGAGCAGGAGGAGACCCUCCUGAAGACGCUUCUUGGCCCCUGUGGGUUGGUGGAGUUUGGACCCGAGUCCUGGAUCGACGCCCACGUGGGCUUGAGUGGGAGCGGCGUCGCAUUCGUGUAUGUGUUCGCGGAGGCGCUGGCAGAUGGUGCUGUUAAGAUGGGGAUGCCCAGCACUCUGGCUCGACGCAUUGCAGCACAGACAAUACUGGGUGCUGGAGUGUUACUGCGGGACUCCGGGAAGCUGCCGGCGGAGCUGAAGGCCGAGGUUUGCACUCCUGGAGGAACCACCAUUCACGGCAUCCACGCGCUGGAGAAAGGAGGAUUCAGAGCGGCUGCGAUUGGCGCGGUGGAGGCGGCGUCAGAAAGAGCUCGAGAACUUGGAAACAAGCAGAAGAAGAACUGAAUCAUCCUACAGGAGAGAUAAAGCUGCAGUUAAAGCAGGGGUGUCCAAACUCUGUCCUGGAGGGCCGGUGUCCUGCAUAGUUUAGCUCCAACUUCCUUCAACAGGCAUACCUGCCAACAUUUGGGUUAUUGGGUGGCUGAACUGAAGAGCGGGGAGCGGGUAUGGAGAUGGUUGCGCGUUGGGUUUGAUACGCAAGGGGUCUGUACCAAAAAGCAGAACAAUACGGGAGAUGGGUCUGAAAUACGGGAGACUCCCGGGAAAAACAGGAGUGUUGGCAGGUAUGUCCACACAUCUGCCUGGAAGUUUCUAGUUUACCUAGUAAGAGCUUGAUUAGUUGCUUCUGGUGUGUUUAAUUGGGGUUGGAGGUAAAAUAUGCAGGACACCAUCUCUCCAGAACCGAAUUUGGGCACCCCUGAAUUAAAGGGUCAGUUCAGCCUAAUAUGAAAACCACCACGUUAUUUACUCACCCUCAAGUCAUGUUGGGUUUAAAUGCCUGUUUUGAGUCAAACCAACACAAUCGGAGUAGUUUUACAUUUUAUCUUGGCUCUUCAUCUUCUUCUUUAUGGUUCUUCUUUUCCCUGGGUUUUAUUUACCACAAAUUAAUGCACUGACUAUGCACUUUUCAAAAUAAAAGUCACAACACCAUUAUACUGCAUAUAUAGUGGUGUUGAUAGACUUUUAUUUUGAAAAGUACAUAUUUAGUGCAUAGGUUUGUGGUCAAACUAACCCAUACCCCACCAGGGGGUUAAUUUAUGUCUAAUAAAACCAAUUCAUGUGUUUUCAUAAAAUAAAUAUUUAUAAUUUUUUAAUCAUUAAAUUAUAAACUCAAUACCAAACCC